AUGCAGCUUGUCUCCUUGCUUGGACUGUUUCUCUGGUUGCUUUAUAUCAACAAUGCUGGGGCAGCAACUUUUAAACUGGCCCUGGUUGGCCCCUGGUCCUGUGACCCCCUGUUCUCCAGAGCAAUGCCAGUAGCUGCGGCUAACCUAGCAUUAUCACGUCUAAGAAGCGACAGCUACAUGAGCAGAGGAUACUGGUUCGAUGUGAAACUGCUCAAUGAGGACUGUUCUGUUUCCAAAGCGUUGACUGAGUUGGGGGAAAUGGAGGGUUAUGGUCACGCUUACAUCGGACCUUUCAACCCGACCCUCUGCCAUGCAGCGUCCUUAUUCACCCAGCACUGGGAGGCAGGGCUUGCUUCUCCAGGUUGUCUGGAUGAUGACUGGCUGAACCUGCCCCCUGUAACGCCUCCUAUUAAGGUCCUCAAAACUAUCCUCAGAUUCUUCCGCUGGGCUCACGUUGCAGUCAUUUCAGCCCCAACUGAUCUCUGGGAAAGCACUGGAGAAGAAGUAGCCUCUGCACUCCGGGCUAUGGGCUUGCCCAUUGCUCCUGUGGUUUCCAUGGAAAUAAACAAAGGCGGGGCUCGGGAGGCGCUGAACGAGAUCAGGCAGUCCGACAAAGUCAAAGUGAUCAUCAUGUGUAUGAGUUCCAUUCUGAUUGGUGGAGAGCACCAGAGGGAACUCCUGCUGGAGGCUCUAGACAUGGGGAUGAUCGCUGAUGGUUACAUUUUCAUUCCAUACGACACCCUGCUGUACGCCAUGCCUUACCAGGACACAACAUUCCCUCUGCUGACCAACAACACCCAGCUGCAGCAUGCCUACAGCGCCGUGCUGACCGUUACCAUGGCUUCUGAUGAGAGUUUCUAUGAAUCCUUUCGCCAGGCUCAGAUCUCCAGAGAGAUCCGCUCCGCUAUCUCUGCCACAGAGGUGUCUCCACUGUUUGGGACCAUCUUUAAUAUGGUCUAUUUUGUCGCUAAAUCCGUGGAAGAGCGUCGCCAGGCGGGUGGUGGACACUGGGUGACAGGAAUUCAGCUCUUCAGCUCAGAUGGAGGGUUUGACUUCCAGGGCUUCAACCAGGUGUUAUACAGCGGUAGAGGCGGGGCUGGCCUUCGGGCCAGGUAUGUGGUGCUGGACAGCGAUGGCGACCGCCUUGUGCCGACACAUUUACUUGGACCGACACACAUCGACGGAACGGUCGGUGGUCUGAGACCUCUGAGCCGGUCCUUCUACUUCCCAGGAGGAAAACCCCCCAAAGCCAGUUUCUGUUGGUUCAGUCCAGAGGAAGCUUGUAAUGGAGGUGUGGAUGCAGUGACAAUGUUCUUCCUCUUCCUGCUGCUUUGUGGUCUCACUUCAGCUGCUUUCUUUUGGUUGAGGAAGUACAAGAGAACACCAAACAUCACCAAAUUAAUCCUGACCCUGGACGACAUUGUGUUCAUCGACACUCAAGUUAGUAAAAAGAAAUUAAAUGAUGAAUCCAUCAUGAGGAGCCUUUUGGAAAUAAAAACUCCCCUCCGCUCGAUAGCCAGAAGUUACAUCUUGACCUCACCGGAGAGUUCUAACAUUGGGAUAUUGGAGGGAGACUGGGUUUGGCUGAAGAAGAUUCCUGUUGGAAAGACAGCAACACCUGUCAACCAGAGUACCCAGAAUCUGUUCAGUCAGCUGCGGGAGAUGCGCCAUGAGAACCUGAAUCUGUACCUGGGUUUGUUUGUGGAUUCAGGGAUCCUAGCCCUGGUGGUGGAGCACUGUCCCCGAGGAAGCCUGUCAGACCUGCUGGCCGACAGCGACGUCAGGCUGGACUGGAUGUUCAAGUCAUCACUGCUCAUGGACCUCAUUAAGGGAAUGAAGUAUCUUCAUCUGCGAGGGUUGACUCACGGUCGCCUCAAGUCCACUAAUUGCUUAGUGGACGGCCGAUUUGUGUUGAAAAUCACAGACUACGGUCUACCCAUGAUCCUUCAGUCUCAAGGUGUCAGCCUGUCUGACGAUCCACAAGAUCUUCUAUGGACAGCUCCUGAACUUCUGAGGAAUUCAGAACAAGGCGGUUCUUUUGCCGGAGAUGUCUUUAGUUUUUCCAUCAUCAUACAGGAAGUGAUCUCACGGACACUUCCCUACGCCAUGAUGGACAUGCCUGCUCAGGAGAUUGUGGAGCGUCUGAAGAAGCCCCCUCCUCUCUGCAGGCCUCUUGUUUCAGUGGAUGAAGCUCCUGCUGAGUGUCUCAAUCUGAUGAAUGAGUGUUGGAAUGAAGAUCCGAGCAAGCGGCCCAACUUUGAUGACAUUUUUAAGCAGUUCCGGGGCAUCAGCAGAGGGAAGAAGGCUAACAUCAUUGACUCCAUGCUGCGGAUGCUGGAGCAGUACAGUUCCAACCUGGAGGAUCUGAUCAGGGAGCGAACAGAUGAGCUGGAGGUUGAGAGGACCAAAACGGAUAAGUUAAUUGGACAGCUUUUACCAAAAUCUGUGGCUCAGGCUUUGAAGAAGGGGAAGCCUGUCCAGCCUGAACACUACUCAGACUGCACACUUUACUUCAGCGACAUCGUCGGAUUUACAACCAUCUCAGCUCUGAGUGAACCCAUUGAGGUGGUAGACUUGCUUAAUGACCUGUACACCAUGUUUGAUGCCAUCAUCGCUACUCAUGAUGUCUACAAAGUGGAGACUAUUGGGGACGCUUACAUGGUGGCUUCAGGGGUUCCUAACAGAAAUGGGAAUCGGCACGCAGCUGAAGUGUCAAACAUGUCGCUUGACAUCCUUCAUUCAAUAGGAGCAUUUAAGAUCAAACACAUGCCUGAAAUCAAAGUGAAAAUACGCAUUGGACUGCACUCAGGACCGGUGGUUGCAGGUGUGGUGGGACUGACCAUGCCCAGGUACUGUCUGUUUGGAGACACGGUGACCACAGCCUCCCACAUGGAGGCCAGCGGCCUGCCUUACAGGAUCCACAUCAGCCUUAGUACUGUUAAGGUUCUGACCAGUCUGAAAGUGGGAUAUCUCAUAGACACCAGAAAGGCACAGGUAAAGGGGACAGAGGACACAUACUGGCUGAUGGGUAGAGAGGGUUUCAACAAACCUCUUCCUCUUCCCCCUGAUCUUGCUGGAGGGGCCAGUAACCACGGCAUAAGCCUCGAUGAGAUUCCUGUUGAGAGACGGCAAAAGUUUCUCGACCGACAGAACAAAAUGAAAAAAUAGACCAGCAAAGUUUUAUUGUAUUUACAUUUACAUAAAUGUUUGCAAAAAUCAGACAAAAAUUCAAGAUAUUGGGAAAACGUCUUGAAAUAAGACUAACUUAAAAGUAACUUUUCUGAAAGAAAUAGGAGCUUGUUUUAAGUCAAUAACUCUAACAUUUGUGAACAAGUAUUAGUUUCAUUUGCAGAUUAUUUCACUUAUAAUAUGGGAAAAUGUCUUGUUGUAAGUGAAAUUAUCUGCCAAUGUAACUAGUACUUUUUCAUCAUUAUUAAUGAAGUCUUUACUUAAAACUUGGUUUUGUCUUACUUCAAGUAGACUAAAAUAUUUGCACAGGAAACAAGUGUAAACACUAACCUUUCUUUGGGAUAUUAAAAUGAAUACUGCUCUUAGUCAAAGCAAGAAAAGAAAUCUGUAAAUUAAACUAUAGGAGUUUAUUGUGGAAAAGAUGCACUAAUACAAAGCCUAAACACAACAUUUUACUACAACAGUAAAAUGUUCUUUGUACAAAAUCUUUGUGGCUAACGAUUAUGGCUAAAUGUAACGUUUUUUGUUGGCUGUUUGACAAGAUAUUUUUUUUGAUUUGAAGUACUUUAAAGUAAAUAGUUUGAUUGUAUGUGAUUUAUUUCAGUCAGUUACAGUUAGGCCCAAAUUUAUUCAUACCCCUGACAGAUGUAGAUUUCCACUUAACCAAGAAGUGGACUUCUGAUAGCAAGUGAAACAGGCUUCUCUCAAAAGACAAUAAAACCAUGUAAAAAAAUAAUGAUAAAACUUUUAAAAAAUUACCUUUUUAUUUACAUGUAGUUAAAAAUUGAAUGUCAAAAAUAUUUGUCUCCUCCCCAUAAUCAGUAGGAUUUUGUCCUUCAUUAGCGUUACAGCAUCAUUUCUUACAACUGCUGACCAAACUUUGGGAUUUUUACUCGUGUUUCAUAAAUCUUGUCUUUGAAAAAUGACCUUUAACGGAUUCUCUGUCAUUUUAAAUCAAAAUCUACCAACGCUAUGUAACAAUUUUGGGCUUACUCCAUAAUAAUUAUUGCUGUUGUAUUUUGUCUGUUUUCCAUUGUUUAAAAUGAGGACGUUUCUUGUUAGGACAUUGAAUAAACUCUAGAUAAAAUCUUACUGCUUGUUCAUCAUUCUCCAUCAAUGGUUCACUUUAAAAUUUAUAAGGGUGUGUGGGAAUAAUGACAGAAAACAGAACCAAAAUAAUUCUUAACAAUGACUUACCGCUGAAAUGACUUUCCAUCAGAGCACGCACAAGUGGGGUGCCCCAAAGUUCUAUUCUAGGUCCCCUCAUAUUUAAAGUCUACAUGCCCUCCACUGGCUCAGAUUAUAUUAUGUAGCAACAUUGCUUACCUUAUGUAACACACUUCUCUAUAUCACAAUGUAACCAAUUCAAAGACUAUGAAACAAUUCAAAGCUUAGCAGAUGCUUGAAACAAAUCAAUGCUUAGAUGUGCCAUAACUUACUUCAGCUCUUUGGAUCUAGAGCAGGGGUCUCAA